ACAAAAGGGUGUGAUCCCCAAUCCGAGCGAUCAGGAGGCUCCGGAGGAGGUUUGAUGAACGCCGGCAAAUUCCACUCAAGCUUAAGCCUUCUUGCACAUGCGAAUCGACAGUUGAUCAACCAAAUCACUCCACCGAGAAGGGGAAAAGUAGAAAUUGCACUUGUUUUGGAGAGCAAUCCAGAUUGGGCGAGUAAAAGAGCAGGCAAAGAACAAGUGAUCAUGGGUUUAAUCAACAAGAUUGCAAAGAUGACAGACUCUGGAUCCCAUGAAAUGUCUCAUACUUGCUCUAUCAAGGGUGGAAAGUCUUCUUUGUACUGCAAGCCACAAGGUAAAUUUGCAUCUUGGGAUGGAGAGAUUGUUCCAAACCAGGUGUUGCCAAUGUUUUAG